AAAUUGGAAAAAGGAACACAUUUGGUAUCACUUGUUCGGGUUUGUACGGAACAGCAACAAGGUUGGACAAAAUGAACGCAUUCGUCAGUGGUUUAGUUGUCUUGGGCGCCAUCGCCGUCGCCAGCGCUGGUCUUGUCCCACUCACCGUCAGUUACGCUGCCCCAAUUGCCCUUCCAGCCCUCAAGGGAGUCGAAGGUCAAUACAUCCAGGACAACACCGAAAGGCUCUACGAUGACGGUUCGUACAAGCCCGAACUCCGUGCCAUCCCCCUAGCUCCAUCCCCAUACGGUCUCACCCCAGCCGGAUCUGGACUGGAGGGUGCCUACGUUCCAGACAUCAGCGAAAAACUCUACGAAGACGGCUCCUACAAACCUGAAUUGCGCGCCAUUCCCCUGGCCCCAUCUCCAUACGGCCUGACUCCAGCCGGUUCUGGAUUGGAAGGUGCCUACGUUCAAGACAUCAGCGAGAAAUUGUACGACGACGGUUCUUACAAGCCAGAAUUGCGUGCUAUUGAAUUGGCUCCUUCUCCAUACGGUUUGACCCCUGCCGGAUCCGGAUUGGAGGGUGCUUACGUGCCCGAACUGAAGCACUAGUUUAGUUAAUAUUGUGUAGGACUUUUUGUAAAUAAAUUAAACUUAAAAUAUUCUGAUCAA